AACAGGGGGUGAGGAGAGAGAGGAAAUAGGAAAAGAGGAGGAAAAGAAAAGAGACGCUCACACUACAGCCUCAUCCAUGUUCUAUUUCCCCACCUAUCCCCUCCCCAACUCUCUCACCGCUUCGCCUAACCUCAAAAUUCUCUUUAAUAUACACAACCCCUUGCUCAGCCUUAGCCAUCGGAAGUCCUAAAAUAUUUUAGUUUAUUUAUCUCAAAGUUUUUUUUCUCUUCUUCUUGUUGCUAUUCGACGGGAAAGAUCAAUUAUAUAAAUUAAGGUAGGAGUAAACGAAGUUGUAGGUUGUUUUUUGUCGGUAAAUUAUGGGAUUAGACGACGUGGAUCUUCCGGACGACGGUGACGGAGGUGGUGGAGGUGAAGAUAAGGCAUCGGCGGUUGCGUGUUCGAUUUGCCUAGAAGCUGUUACCGACAAUGGAGAUAGAUCUUGGGCUAAACUCCAAUGUGGCCAUCGAUUUCACCUCGAUUGCAUUGGUUCCGCCUUUAACAUCAAGGGACAAAUGCAGUGUCCCAACUGUCGGAAAAUUGAGAAAGGUCAAUGGCUUUAUGCUAGUGGUUGUCGUCCCCUACCUGAGUUCAACAUGGAUGAUUUGGCCCAUGAUGAAGAGCUAUAUGAUCUGAGCUACGCCGAAAUGUCAUUUGGAGUUCACUGGUGUCCUUUUAGUGGAUUAACUCGGGUGUCAUCGUCUUUUGAUGAAGGGGAUCUUUCAUCUAGUGCAUAUCAUGAUCUUCUCGGUCAGCAUGCUAUAUUUGCUGAACACACCGCUGUAUCAUCUGCUGCUCAUCCAUGCCCAUACGUUGCCUAUGUUGGAAUUCACCCAUCAUCCUCAAAUUCGAGUGGAAGUAUCACUGAUGGUCCUAAUUUCAACAAUCAUUGGAAUAGUCCAUCUGUUCCCAGUGAGAUGCCCGCUUAUGCUUUCCCAGGAAUGGAUGUGCAUUAUCAUAGUUGGGACCAUCAUUCAUCUUCUUUCCCUGUGACAAGCAGUCGUGUUGGUACUGCUGAUCAGUCCUUGAUUCCCUCUGUAACUCAGAGAGCUGCCAGAACCAAUGCUGAUAUCCCAAGACCAGGAUCUUUUGUCCCUCCAUUCCUUGUUAGUCACGGUUCUGCUGCUAGAGCUGGAAGUUCAGUUGCCUCACCAAUGAUACCUCCUUAUCCUGGAAGCGCAGCUCGGACCCGUGACCGUGUUCAGGCUCUUCAAGCAUAUUUUCAGCAACCAAGUAAUUCACCAGCUGUACGUGCUCAUGUUAUGUCUGCUACGAGACGAUCCAGCAGUCAUAGAGGGAUGGCUCAAGUAGGAGGGCCAGUUGCCUCAUCAUCUGAUCAGGCCGGUGGCUUCUACUUCUAUCCUUCAGGUUCUUCAGGAAGAAACUUUCAAGAAGCAGAAAAUCCUGUAUCCAACAGAUAUUGGGAACGGGAACACUUGCCUGCCUACCCCUUGACUCAGGUUGACAGAGAUCCUAUUUGGGGACCCUUUCAUCACACUGGUGUUGGGUCUGAUACUGGUAGCCGAUCUGGCAGCUACCGCCCGAGGCAUGGAUCUGAGAGGAUGCCGUCCCAGAAUCGGUCAUAAAUUUCUUGUGCUGUUUUGAUGAGAACUGUGAUCACUGUGAAAUGAACCCAAUUUAUGUAUGUUUGAGAAAACAAUCAUAAUGGUUGGAGUCUUGUCAAUCUGGCAGGUUCAAACUGUUUUGUGGCCAUGAAAUGACCCCUUUUUUAUGGCCAUGGGUUGUGUGAUGGGGCGGUGGCGUCCUCUUGUUUCUGUGCCAUGGGGGUUAUAAAUAACAUCACAAUGUUAAUGGCAAAAGUUCAAGCUAGUGGUUGCCUCUA